CUGUGUGGUGAGUUGAGGUGACGCGAGUCGGGGUGCGGGAGGAGCUCACCGCUUGAGGCCCCGAGUUUUCCAGGUGCUGAUGGGGCAAGCGGAGGCUGGAGCCUCAGGCCUCUUUUUGAUGGGGAGCAUAUUCGUGGAGCUCCGUGCUGUCAUGCCAGAAGUGGAAUUCCCUGACCAGUUCUUUGCAGUUCUAACCAUGGACCAUGAAUUAGUGACAUUUAGAGAUGUGAUCAUUAACUUCUCACAGGACGAAUGGGAAUAUCUGAACUCUGCCCAGAGGGACUUGUACUGGGAUGUGAUGAUGGAGAACUACAGCAACUUGGUCUCACUGGAUUUGGAGUACAAAUAUGCCACAAAGAGUUUAUCUGUAGGAAAGAACAUUAUUGAAAAUAAUGGUUCUCUGUGGGAAGUAAUAGAAAGUAGUAAAUUUAUUGGUCUUCAGAACUACACUUUCAAAAAUGACUGGCAAAGCAAAAGCAAGAUUGAAGUACAAAGACCUGAAGUGGGAUAUUUCAGUCAAAUGAAAAUCAUGUCUGAAAAAGUACCCAAUUACAAAAAUUGUAAGUCCCUUAAAUUACAUCAUAGAAUUCAAGAUAACAAGAAGGACGAUGAAUAUAAUGAAUACGGGAAGGUCUUUAGUUGUGACUUAAAGUUUGAUGAAUAUGAGAGACUACACACUCGUGAGAAAACCUAUGAAUGUAAUGGGUAUUGGAAAACCUUUGGAGUAGAUGACCCACAUACCCUACCACUGAAUAUUCAUACUGGUGUGAAACCUUGUAAAUAUAUGGAAUAUGGGAAUGCAUUUGGUUUUUAUAAAGACCUUACUGUACAGCAGAAAAUUCAUGAUGAUCAGAUGUGCUAUAAAUGUAAGAAAUAUGGAAGGACCUUAAGAAGAGUUGAAGAAAUUACUCCACCUCAACGAAUUCAUACUAGUGAGAAACCCUGUGAAUGCACUUUCUGUGGGAAAUCCUUUAGAUCACAUGCACAACUUACUCGACAUCAGAAAAUCCACACUGAUGAGAAACUUUACAAAUGUAUGGAAUGUGGCAAGGACUUUAGAUUUCAUUCACAGCUAACUGAACAUCAGAGAAUUCAUACUGGUGAGAAACCAUACAAAUGCAUACAAUGUGAGAAGGUCUUUAGGAUUAGUUCACAGCUUAUUGAACAUCAGAGAAUUCACACUGGUGAGAAACCGUAUGCAUGUAAAGAAUGUGGGAAGGCUUUUGGAGUCUGUAGAGAACUUGCUCGACAUCAGAGAAUUCAUACUGGAAAGAAACCCUAUGAAUGUAUGGCAUGUGGAAAGGUCUUUAGAAAUAGUUCAUCCCUGACUAGACAUCAGAGAAUUCAUACUGGUGAGAAACCCUAUAAAUGUAAGGAAUGUGGGAAAGCUUUUGGAGUAGGUAGUGAACUUACUCGACAUCAGAGAAUUCACAGUGGUCAGAAACCUUAUGAAUGUAAAGUAUGUGGAAAGUUCUUUAGACUUACUUCAGCCCUUAUUCAACAUCAGAGAAUUCAUAGUGGUGAGAAACCUUAUGAAUGUAAUGUAUGUGGGAAAGCCUUUAGACACAGUUCAGCGCUAACUGAACAUCAGAGAAUUCAUACUGGAGAGAAACCUUAUGAAUGCAAGGUAUGUGGGAAGGCCUUUAGGCAUAGUUCAUCCUUCACAAAACAUCAGAGAAUUCAUACUGGUAAGAAACCCUAUGAAUGUAAGGAAUGUGGGAAUGCGUUUACCAUGGGCAGGGAUGUUACUCUCUGGACUUUUCACCUUCGGACUCCCCCGGAUCGCAUCAGUGGCCAGGCGGAGCCACACAGGAACCAGCACCCGGGUCCAGCACAGCUCCGUUCAGAACCGCCGCCUCCGGGGGUGGAGGAGCGGCAGACACGGCGCCCUCUGGGAAAUGUAGUUCAGUGCAGCACUGGCGAUAAGCUAGAUGGCUCCGGGCUUGAUCCCGGCCAAAGAGAGCACAGAACCGUGUCCUGGAGUCUUCUGGCGCUCCUGGCUCUUGGAGAAAAUAUCUGCAUGAUAAGAAUGUUGGAAAACCUUCAGACUGAAUCAGAUCUCCUUCAGCACAAUCAAAUUCAUACUCGAGAGAAACCUUAUGAAUGUAAUGCAUGUGGAAAAACCUUUAGCCUGAAGCAAAACCUCAUAGAGCAUAAGAAAAUGCAUACUGGAGAGAAAUCACAUGAAUGUACUGAAUGUGGUAAAGUAUUCUCUCGAGUCUCAUCCCUCACUCUACAUUUGAGAAGUCAUACAGGAAAUAAACCAUACAAAUGUAGUAAAUGUGGAAAAGUCUUCAGCCAGAAGAAAAAGUUCCUUUCUCAUCAAAAACAUCAUAUGGAAGAGAAACCUUAUGAAUGUGGGAGAGCUUCUAUUCAGAUUCCAAGCCUUAUUAAACACCAGAGAAACCACACUGGAAACAAACCAUAUGCAUGUAAAGAAUGUGGGAAAGCUUUCAAUGGCAAAUCCUAUCUUACUGAGCAUGAGAAAAUUCAUACGGGAGAGAAACCAUUUGAAUGUAAUCAAUGUGGAAGAACCUUCAGCCAGAAGCAAUACCUCAUUAAACACCAGAAUAUUCAUAGUGGAAAGAAACCCUUUAAAUGCAAUGAGUGUGGAAAAGCCUUUAGCCAGAAAGAAAACCUCAUUAUCCAUCAAAGAAUACAUACUGGAGAGAAACCUUAUGAGUGUAAAGGGUGUGGGAAAGCUUUCAUUCAGAAGUCAAGCCUCAUUAGACACCAGAGAAGUCACACAGGAGAGAAACCCUAUACAUGUAAGGAAUGUGGGAAAGCCUUCAGUGGCAAAUCCAAUCUCACUGAGCAUGAGAAAAUUCAUAUUGGAGAGAAACCCUAUAAAUGUAAUGAAUGUGGAACAAUCUUUAGGCAGAAGCAAUACCUCAUUAAACAUCACAAUAUUCAUACAGGAGAGAAACCCUAUGAAUGUAAUAAAUGUGGAAAAGCCUUCUCUCGAAUCACAUCACUUAUUGUACAUGUGAGAAUUCAUACAGGUGAUAAACCUUACGAAUGUAAAAUAUGUGGGAAAGCCUUCUGUCAAAGCUCAUCUCUUACUGUGCAUAUGAGAAGCCAUACAGGUGAGAAGCCCUAUGGAUGUAAUGAAUGUGGAAAAGCCUUCUCUCAGUUCUCAACUCUUGCUCUACAUAUGAGAAUCCAUACUGGAGAAAAGCCUUAUCAGUGCAGUGACUGUGGGAAAGCUUUCAGCCAGAAGUCACAUCACAUUAGACAUCAGAGAAUUCAUACUCAUGAGAAACCCCAUGAAUGUAAGGAAUGUGGAAAGACCUUUAGACAUCCUUCAAGACUCAGUCAUCAUCAGAAAAUUCAUACUGGCAAGAAACCCUUUGAAUGUAAGGAAUGUGGAAAAACCUUUAUUUGUGGCUCCGACCUCACUCGACAUCAGAGAAUUCACACUGGUGAGAAACCCUAUGAAUGUAAAGAAUGUGGGAAAGCCUUUAGUAGUGGCUCAAACUUCACUCGACAUCAGAGAAUUCACACUGGUGAGAAGCCCUAUGAAUGUAAAGAAUGUGGGAAGGCCUUUAGUAGUGGCUCAAACUUUACUCAACAUCAGAGAAUUCAUACGGGGGAGAAACCCUAUGAAUGUAAGGAAUGUGGCAAUGCCUUUAGUCAGAGUUCACAACUUAUUAAACAUCAGAGAAUCCAUACAGGUGAGAAACCCUACGAAUGUAAGGAAUGUGAAAAGGCUUUCCGUUCUGGUUCAGACCUUACUCGACACCAGAGAAUUCAUACUGGUGAGAAGCCCUAUGAAUGUAAGAUAUGUGGGAAAGCGUAUUCUCAGAGUUCACAACUUAUUAGUCAUCAUAGAAUUCAUACUGGUGAGAAACCUUAUGAAUAUAGGGAAUGUGGGAAGACCUUUAAUUAUGGCUCACAACUUAUUCAACAUCAAAAUUUGUACUGGUGAUAAUCCAUAGAAUAUAUGAAAUGUGUGGGAAGGCUUUUUACAGCUUAAACCUAUUCAACAUCAGAGAAUUUAUCUUAAUAAUCCUCUAACUAAAAUAAUGUAGAAACAUUUUAUUUGUUGUCUACAGCUUAUUCAUCAUGAGAAAAAUGCAGGAAAAUCACCCCAUGAGUAGAAUACAUUUUGGAAGCCCUUUAGUAAAAUUUGUAUUUCUCUUGACAUCAGAGAAUUCAACCUAGCAAAUAUUGAAAAUGAUAGAACUGAUACCUUUCUGACCUUAAACAUCAGAGUAUUCAUGCUGAAAUGUAAUUCUUUGGUUACAUUCUAAAGAAAUUAGCAAACUGUUGGUAUAAAAAGAAUAGAAAUGAACCUGGUUGAGACAGUAGCUAAAACAGAUGCCCAAUGCCCAGUUGCAGCUAACUGAUGCUGUGAGGAAAGUCAGGCCCUGUUUGCCAGCUCUUCUGACUGCUAGAUAAUCCAGAAAUCUACAUUUUUCUUUUUUAAGUGUGUGAUGGCUCUUGAUUUUUAAAUGGCAGCUCAAAUUUAAAUUUUUUAAAAAAGACCAAAGAGGAUAUAUCAACUCUGCAAGUAGCAAGUGGCCCAUGCGUUACUUUUGUGCUGGACACUAGAGCAGUGAGUGUUCAAAAGGCUUUCAAGAGGAGUUUUUAAUAAUGGAGUGCAAAGCCCUUGGCCCCAAGGAAAUUUAAGGAGAGGGGAAUACAACACAAGGUAAUUUAUCCAGAAUUUCUUAGAUGUAAAAAUGUUUCCAGAGAUAAAGUAGCUAAACUCUUAAGUAUAAAGAUUUUUUUAAGAAGGGACUUGAUUCAGCUCUAGUAUUUUUUACAUGAAGUUUCUUAUUUAUUCUAAGCAUUAUGCCAGUGAAAUAGAAUAUACAGUCAUGUACCACUUAACAGGGAUAUGUUGUGAGAAAUGCAUAGUUAGGCAAUUUCAUUGUUGCGUGAACAUCAUAGAAUGUGCUCACACAAACCUAAUUGGUAUUGCCUACCACACAUCUAGGUUAUACUCGUAUGGUAUACCACUGUUGUGUAUGCAAUUCGUUGUUGACCAAAACAUUAUGCGACGCAUGACUAUUAUAUAUGUUAUAUAUCCCAUUCUUGAU